CGGCCAACCGUCGGCGGCGGCGCCAGCUCCCGGUUGCGCGGUCGGUGAUUUCCCCCCCCCCCCCCCACCCGCCCUCCACCGGCACCCAUUGCCGAUUCCCGCCGGUUGUUGUUGUGGGUGUUUUGAAGCCGGCGGUGGCCACCGUGUAGCUGCCAGGGCGGACUCUGGCACAGUACAGUAGAGCAUGCGCAGAGCAUUCGGUUUUGUCCCUCUCCACAGCAACAUUGCAGAGGUUAAGUAGUUGGACAAGUCAGAGAAAGUUAAUGAGAAACAUUUACGCUGGGGUGUUGCAGAGUGAGGUGAGAGUGUCAGGACAGUGCCCAUUGCAUGAUGGAAGGAAGGCCUAGUGACAGCCCUGUGGACACACCUGCUUCUGAGGCUGUGCGGAGCAGCAGACCCGACCUGGAGGGCCUGUUGUCCUGCGCACUGUGUGGGAAGGUGUUUGCUUACCAGUCCUUGCUGCGCCGCCACUGGCAAGCUCACACUGAGAACCGGCCCUUCCAGUGCGAGGUCUGUGGCAAGACCUACAAGAGCGACCAGGACCUCUCGCAGCACCGGCGGAUCCACACCAGGGAGAGGAGCGCCCGGUGCCCCGAGUGCGGCAAGGCCUUCGUCCGCUUCUCGCACCUGGAGGCGCACCUGCGCACCCACACUGGCGAGCGGCCCUUCUCCUGCCCCGACUGUGGCAAGGCCUUCCAGCAGUCCUCGAACCUGCAGAGGCACCAGCGCACCCACACCUGCGAGCGGCCCUUCUCCUGCCCCGACUGUGGCAAGGCCUUCCACCAGUCCUCGAACCUGCAGAGGCACCGGCGCAAACACAGCUGUCAGCAACCCUUCUCCUGCCCCGCCUGCGGAAAGACCUUCAGCCGCUACUCUCACCUACAAGGGCACCGGUGCGCCCACAGCUGCGAGCGGCCCUUCUCCUGCCCCGACUGCGGCAAGGCCUUCGUCCAGUCUGCCCACCUCGUGGAACACCGGAGAGUUCACACUGGAGAGAAGCCCUUCGUCUGCUCGGUCUGUGGGAAGAGCUUUGCCCGGUCGUCACAGCUCCACGUCCACAGGCGGACCCACACAGGGGAGAGGCCCUACGCCUGUCCCGACUGCGGGAAGAGCUUUAGCACGACUUCCAUCCUGCUGAAGCACCGGCAGGUCCACACCGAGGAGCGGCCCUUCCCCUGCCCCGACUGCGGCAAGGCCUUCAAGAGCCCCGUGCAUCUGAAACAGCACCACGUGAUCCACGGCGGGGAGAGGCCCUUCUCCUGCACCGUCUGCGGGAAGAGCUUCACUUGGUCGUGGCAACUGCAGAACCACCGGCGGACGCACACGGAGUUAAUUCAAAAUAUUCACACCAGGAUCUUGCAGCAUGACUUAGAGCAUCAGGGUCUGUCUGACAGUGUAUAUCGUGCAAUGGAAGGAAAGACCUAUGACACCCCUGUGGACACACCUCCCUGCGAGGGUGUGCAGAAGAGCAGUCGGGAGGGUCUGUUGUCCUGUACGCGGUGCGGGAAGGUGUUUGCCUACCAGUCCGUCCUGCGCCGGCACUUGCAAGGCCACAGUGAUGACCGGCCCUUUAAGUGUGAAGAGUGUGGCAAGGCCUACAAGAGUGGCCAGGACCUCUUGCAGCACCAGCGGAUGCACAACAGGGAGAAGAGCGUCACCUGCCCUGAGUGCGGCAAGGUCUUCGUCCGCUUCUCGCACUUGGAGGCGCACCUGCGCACCCACACUGGCGAGCGGCCCUUCUCCUGCCCCGACUGUGGCAAGGCCUUCCAGCAGUCCUCGAACCUGCAGAGGCACCAACGCACCCACACCUGCGAGCGGCCCUUCUCCUGCCCCGACUGUGGCAAGGCCUUCCACCAGUCCUCGAACCUGCAGAGGCACCGGCGCAACCACAGUUGCCUGCGGCCCUUCUCCUGCCCCGACUGCGGCAAGGCUUUCGUCCAGUCUGCCCAGCUGGUGGAGCACCAGAGGGUACACACUGGAGAGAAGCCCUACGCCUGCCCCGUGUGUAGGAAGAGCUUUGCCCGGUCGUCAGAGCUCCACGUCCACAGGCGGACCCACACGGGGGAGAGGCCCUAUGCCUGUCCCGACUGCGGGAAGAGCUUUAGCACGACUUCCAUCCUGCUGAAGCACCGGCAGGUCCACACCGAGGAGCGGCCCUUCCCCUGCCCCGACUGCGGCAAGGCCUUCAAGAGCCCCGUGCAUCUGAAGCAGCACCACGUGAUCCAUGCCGGGGAGAGGCCCUUCUCCUGCACCGUCUGCGGGAAGAGCUUCACUUGGUCGUGGCAACUGCAGAACCACCGGCGGACGCACACGGAGUAGAGGAGCUACACGUGUCCCAACAGGGGUGAGGAGAGGUGGUGUGGGAGCUUCACUCGUUCCUGCCAUCUCCUUCACAGCAGCAGACACGCCCUGCCAUUCAGGGUGCGUCUACUUCCAUCCCUCCCUCGGGCACCGCCUGUUAACUGUGAGUGUGUUCUUUGUGUGAAUCUUUGUGGAGAUUGCGUGCUCUCCUUGUGACCCUGUGGAAUUCCCACAGCUGCUCUGGUUUCCUCCCAUGUUCCACGGAGGUAAAUUGCUCCCAAGUGUGUCAGUUAUUUCACAUAUUUUAUAUCUCAGUAGUAUUUGAGCAUUACUGCAAAUAUGUCAUUUGAUUGGCCAUUCCUUGUUGGUUUAAAUAUUUCAUUACGGGUAGUUUUUAAAAAUACGUCACGACCUUCCCACGUGAUCUGUGUGCACCUUGGGGGUUCAAAGUGCUUCAGGAAAGUUAUGAGUUUUGUGAGUAGAAAGAGUCAGAACCAACACUGAAUGCUUGUUAUUGUGUGAACUUCAAGAGGGAGACAGAAAGCUGCUUGUAAAAGUAAAUGCAAAGCCCAAAGCCCAGCUGGGUGAAUGGAAGGCCCAAAAGAAAGGAGAAAUGAAAACAGGAUCCAUCAGAUGAUGUUGUGGGCGAGGAAACCAAGAGGAGAGAUCAGAGUGUAAAGGGAGCAAUAGAAAGAUUAAUAAAGGAAUACUUCAGUUAUUUAAUUCACCUUCCCAAGAUGAAGUUGUGCAAACUGGAAAGAAGGAAAAGAAAGAGGAGGAUGAAAUUGUGUGAAUGGAAGAGGAGAAACGAGACUGAAUUUCUUGGGGAAUCAGCAAAUUCAGGGGUUUUCCCAAACUAGAGGAAGAAUUUGGAAGGUGAGAAACAGAAAGACUAAAGUCAGAAAGGAGAGAAGAGAUAGUGAGCGAGAAAGGGAAGGAUGUGAAAGAGAGAAGGACGAAGGUAACGGGCAGGAUAAAGAGAGAAAAAAGAAGUUCUGACCGGGAGAGAAGCAAGGAUAGAAGUAGAUCCAGUGAGAAAAGGAGAAGAAAGGGGUUCAAAGGUUUCCCAGACUCAGUCAGCUGCUACAACCACCACGGAGGAGGCCCCGGAGCCAGAAAUAGUCUCACAGCCACAAGUCUCACCUGUCAGGGUGACCCCCACCCCUCCUGUCAGGCAAGACAUUAUCCCACAAGAGGAAGAAAUCCUAUACACAGUGAUUAAAUCUUAAAGUAUGAAAGGAACUAUUUAAAAAUGGACUCUGCUGUGGAUAUCUGUAUUAUCUAGUACACUACGUCGUUGAGAUCCAUUCUGUGUUGAGUUUAUAGCUAAGCAGGGAGGAGUGUUGUGUAUUUAAUAUUUGAGUGGUAUUGUAAAUAUAUUGUUUGAUUAAGCA